UUGUUAACAGUCACCAUCUGUAAUACAUGACAUCAUGUAACCUUGUUAACAGUCACCAUCUGUAAUACAUGACAUAAUGUAACCUUGUUUAACAGUCACCAUCUGUAAUACAUGACAUAAUGUAACCUUGUUUAACAGUCACCAUCUGUAAUACAUGACAUAAUGUAACCUUGUUUAACCGUCACCAUCUGUAAGACAUGACAUAAUGUAACCUUGUUUAACAGUCACCAUCUGUAAUACAUGACAUAAUGUAACCUUGUUAACAGCCAAGAUGACACAAGCAUUAUUGCAUUCUCUUGCAGUGAAAUGUUGUGAAAUGUCCUCCUCAUGCUGUUCCUGUUCCCUUCCUACAGGUAUAUGAAGUACCUCUACCCUUACGAAUGUGAAAAGAGGGGUCUGAGCUCCCCCGGAGAGCUCCAGGCAGCUAUCGACAGUAACCGCCGCGAGGGGCGUCGUCAGAGCUACGGGUCGGCCAUCUUUAACUACUCUCCAGCGGGGACUCCCUCCGUCCUCUCCUCCCCCAAGAUGAGCAUGUCUCAUCUGGCCAUGUCCACCUACAACGGAGUACACCUGACCCAGGGACACAACAUCAAGAAAGAGGAUGGCCUGAUGUCGGGAGGUCUGUCGGGCCGUGUUGGGGAGAUGCCCAUGUCUCUGGGAGGGCACCACGGGGCGGCUGCAGGACAGGCGGCUGCAGCGGUGCAGGCUGCAGCGUUGGAGCAGCUGAGGGAGAAGCCGGAGAGCGCGGAGCCGCCAGAGAAGAAGAGGAUGUUGAUGGAUCAACAGAGACUCGCGCAGCAUGCGCUUCAGCAGAACCUCCUCGCCAUGGCAACACGACUGCCCGUGAACAUCAAGUCAAACAACAGAGGUGAGAGGAUCAGAGAUGAUAGACAAGAGACUCCAUUGAACCUGUCUACCAGCGGCAUUAGCAGCAUCAACAUGUCGAUAGAAAUAAAUGGAGUUGUCUACACAGGUGUUCUGUUUGCCAAGAAGCCCUCCCUUCCCAUGAUGCUGGGUGGUCACCAGAACCACACCUCCUCUCAGGGAAAGACCAGUCUGGGGCUGAACUACUCCUGCGUACAGAUCCAACCGUCCUGCUCCUCCUCUUCCUCCACGUCCUCCACAUCCUCGGUCCACGGACCCGGAAACUCCUCCCCCUGAUCUGAGUCCCACCCACAGCCCCACCAACUCACUCUAAACCUCGCCCCUAUCCUCCCCCAAAGACAGCACGCGGUCUGAGAUACCAGGAGAAAUGACUUCUGUUGUUUUCCCCCCCUCCUCCUCCCUUUUUUCUCUAUUUCCCUUAUCCCAGUUAAAAUAAUAAUAAAAAAAUAUUUACAGAGGAAAUACUUCCGCAAGAAAAGAACAAGAAAAUGCUCUCCUUCUAUUCUCUCUCCUCCUUCCUCCGAUCUCUGAAUAGCAAUGGUAUGUAGAGGACCUCUGAACCCAAUGGUAUGUAGAGGACCUCUGAACCCAAUGGUAUGUAGAGGACCUCUGAACCCUGUGUGUAUGUAGAGGACCUCUGCAC